AUGACUAGAGCAAAAAUUGAAUUGGGAAAUGUAACGCCACACAAUAUUAAACAAUUGAAAUUAUUAAACCAAGUUGUGUUCCCAGUGUCUUACAAUGAAAAAUUUUAUAAAGAUGUAUUAGAAGCUGGAGAAUUAGCAAAAUUAGCAUAUUAUAAUGAUAUAGUCGUUGGAGCAGUUUGCUGUAGGGUUGACACAUCUGAAAAUUCUCGACGAUUGUAUAUAAUGACCUUAGGCUGUUUGUAUCCGUAUCGAAGGCUAGGAAUCGGAACAGUUAUGGUACAGCAUGUUCUGAAUUAUGUCGAUAGAGAUGGCAACUUUGAUUCGAUUUUCUUGCAUGUUCAAGUAAAUAAUGAGGGAGCUAUUGAUUUCUACAAAAUGUUUGGCUUCCAAAUUGUAGAAACGAAAAAACAUUACUACAAAAGGAUCGAACCGGCAGAUGCUCAUGUGUUGCAAAAAACGCUGCGACCUCAUAACCAAUCGAUUGCGCAAUAAAUAUACAUUCAUAUUACACGUAUCCUGUCCUCCGCAUUGAGUCUCCAUCGUACUUUUAUAUUAAAUCGUCUAUUGUACAAAUUAAAUAAUAAAAAUGCAUAUCUCUUUA